AUGGUGGCCGGCUACCAUACGAUACCGGGUUCAUCCCACCCUCUUUCCAUCUCUCCUCCUUCGUCUGUCCUUUUCUGGCGCCUCGGGUCUACCUUUCCACUGGUUCUGGCCUUAUGCAAGAGUCUCGGAACGCUCCGCCUGCUCUCAGAGGAUCCUGACUUUCCCGCACGUUUAGACCAUAUCCAUGGGAGAACAUCAUCUGACAUAAAGCCUCCCGUCAGGAGGUACAGAAACUUUCCACAAAUCAUCCAGCUGAGACUCCGUGGAGUAUUCAUGAAGCAAUACUUGAAUUAUUACAAGAUGAGGCUGAGAACAUCGAGGCUCGGCUGGCUGUUACUCCAGUUCACAGCUCUUUGCUUUUAUGCACAGAACUCUGUGCAGUCUCCUCCUAAUUUCAAGCACCAUGUGACGGAGCAGAGUCGCGUGUCGGACCGUAUGAGCCGCAGACUGACGCGCACGUACCAGCUGUACAGCCGCACCAGCGGCAAGCACGUACAGGUGCUGGGCAACAAGAGGGUCAACGCCAACGGGGAGGACGGCGCCGUGCACGCAAAGUUGGAGGUGGAAACAGAUUCUUUUGGAAGUCGGGUUCGCAUUAAAGGAACAAAGACAGGAUACUACAUAUGCAUGAACAAAAGAGGAAAGCUCAUUGGCAAGAGGAAAGGCAGAGGUAAAGACUGCGUCUUCACAGAGAUUGUUCUUGAGAACAACUACACAGCACUGCAGAAUGCCAAGUAUGAAGGCUGGUACAUGGCUUUCACUCGUAAAGGUCGCCCGAGAAGGGCCUCGAAGACCAAGCAGCAUCAGAGAGAGGCCCACUUCAUGAAGCGCCUUCCCAGGGGCCACAUGCUCAGCGAGAGACGUUCAUUUGAAGUUCUUCCGCUGGCCGUCCCAGCGCAGCCUUCAAACAAACGGACUAAACAUGCACAUCACCAUCGCUCCAGCAGCGGCUGA